AUGUCAGUGCAAUUGUCAAGUAUUAAGCUACAGAGCGUCAGCAGCCGAGCGUUCCAGAUUGGAUCCGACGCACAGGGCUGUUUCUGCCAGGCAUCUCGCUUGCUGCUCAAACUUAUUCCAGUACUUCAGGAUUUCGCUUUCGAAAUGCAUGUGUUAAGUAUCAGACAGCUACUGCGUGUAUAAGCCCAGAUACCAACCUCUGCUCGCCGAACGCCGCUGGCGCUUCUGGCUUGACACCGGCAAAGGCAGUUUACGUACCACUGUUAAAUCAGCAGGAGCUGGCAAGGAGCAAGGAGCAUUCUCCAAUCUCCACUGUGGCGGUAAGGUUUGGGCAUGGCCCGGCACUCGACAUGCAGCAGCAGGCGGCCUUUCGCCAGCGCGCUGGCCAUCGGCAUAACAAUAAUGGUUGCACUGUCAAGCACUGUAUCAACUAGUGCGCUGCAAUUUGACAUCGGCCACGAGCUUACGUCGGUCCCUACUCUUCAACUCAUCGACCUUCCGGACGACUCAGCGGCUAACACGACUGCAUUCGAUGACGAGGACAUCAUGCGAGACUUCAAAUACAUCAAAAUAAUGUUCACGCAGGGCGUGUGCAUCAUCCCUUCUGAUCCACGGCUGGAAGCAGCCUGGCUGGAAGGCAGUGAAGGCCCAUACGGCGCUGGAAUCAACAUACCUCUGCCUGAAUACGGUGCAGACAACUUCCGGCGCACGGUGGCGGGUUUGCGAAGGCGCGCAGGGCGCCAAUUCUUUGACGCUAACGGCAACCACCAAUUCUGCGGGAGCUGUGCUGGUCACUUGAACUAUGUCACCCAAAAGUUCUGCGCGUUCUACAUUUUCAACGAGGAGGGGGGUGGGUGGGCUUUGUCUGUACUGCUGGACAUUGUGAAGCUACUUAAGCCCGACACGCCAGCCCAUUGGAACUGGAAAUGGGGCUUUCACUGGGUUAUGGUAGUAGAUGUGUAUGAUUUCAUUCUGCACUGGGAGUAUGAGCUGAUUCUGGUUGUGUACGGGUCCUUGUGCGGAUUCACGUGCUGGCUCCUGUACUGGCUCGUAUACGACCGGCCCCAGCACAAGGAGACUACGCGGCUGUCGUGGGGCAGGCUGCUACUACGGCAUUGCUACCAGCGGCGGCAGCCGCCAGCGGCACUGCGGGCCCUGCAGCUGCAAUUCCAGGAAGCACGAGCACGCCGGGAGGCGGAGGAGGCUGCUGCUACAGGAAGCGGCAACGCCAACAAUGCUCCAACAGGCAUCUCCACAUCCCGCUGCUCUCCGCCGCUGCUGCCGCCGCCAGCAGCACCGCAACGCCAGUCGCUGGCGCAAGCGGGUGGCCAGGAGCGCACCAACAGCUGUCCUGGGGUUGCUGGUGGGGUCGCGGCGCCCGCGGCCGCCUCCGCCGCGCCGGCUACUGGCGCACCGCGCAACAGCCGGAGCUCGGCAGCCGCAACGCCCCACAUUGCUGGGAGUGUGGGCAGAAGUGCGGCUGCUCCUGCAGCGCGCCAGGGCCAUCAGCAGCGUACUGCUGCGCAUGCGCAGCGGCUGACGCCAUCCCAGCACCAGCAGCCGCAGCCGUACCAGCAGCCGCAGCGGCCGGGUUUGGCGCGGGCACAGCGGCACGAGGCCAGCAGCAGUGAGCAGCAGAGGAGCAGCACCACCACCAGAGGGGCAUCGCCGUCGAUAGCCACCUGUACGAUGCCUUCCGCCGGCGUGUUUGCAGCGGUUGCCGCUGCCGCUGCUGCACCACCUUUGAGCUCACGCCGCAGCGGUGUCGCAAGUAACGGCUCCGCUCGCCCCGCGGGCGUUGGCGGCGACCGGGCCCCUGGCAUGGCCAGCGGGGGCAGCAGCGACGGCAGUCGCGGCAGCCGCGGUGGUGGCAGCAGCAGCGGCAACAGUGCUGCUCGCGCCGCCGCCGCAGUGGCGGCCGCCGCCACGCGCGCAGCGCAGGUGCCAGCAGCCCCGCAGCACGCGCAGCCGGCACGCCCCGCUGCCUCUCAUCCCGCCGCCAGCAGCAUCCGCCCACCGUGCUCUGUGGAGUCUACCACCAACACCACCACUUCCAGUACUGCCACAACCAACAACAUUACGGCCACCGCGAAUGCCAGCAGUGCAGCUAAUGCAGCGCUGCCGCUCCACCCGCCGCCCGCCCCGCCAACUUGGCAGCAGGGUCCACGGCUGCACACGGCGGCGAAAGCCGCAGCCGCGGCUGCGGCUGACUCGGGGUCCGAGUCAGAGACUGACGAGUGUUGCUUCAUCUGCAUGGACGCGGCGGCUGUGGUGGGCUUCAGGCACGCCGACGGGUUCGUGCACAUGGGCGUGUGCGGCGGCUGCGUGCGGGAGCUGCAGGCGCGCGGGCUGGACCGCACGUGCCCGCUGUGCAGGCGCGCGGUGGUCGCACUGGAGACGCUGCAGCCUGCGCUGCUGGCGCCGCCGCUGCCGCCGGUGCUGGCGUACCGGCCUCUGGUGGCUGCGUACUAGGUAGUUCUAUGAUGGACGGACGUUAAUGGGUUGGCUUGAUAGAGCUGCUACUGCAGGCCAGCCAGGACAGAUUACCAUAUGCAAGUACAUAGGCUGCUUGUUGAUGAUACACGCCACACAUUGUGUUAUAGUCGAGUCUGCAACAGCUAAAGCUCUAAGCCUGCCUCAUUGCUCUGCAGGAACUGUACCGGUAGUGUCGGUGUGUGUUCGAUGUGUGUACGGUGACUAAGCAGUACGCCGCAUGUUCCAUGACGUGUCUUGAUCACCCAUUGUGAAUGCUUGAAGGAUCAGCAGUCAAGACAGGUUUCCCCUGGGUUUCCCGGCGGUACGCCACUGGCCCAUUGGCUGUGGGCAUUGAUUGAAUUGUACACGACAACGCACACGCUCGUACCUAAGGCAGCCUGGGGUUAGGGCCCGGGCCGGCAGGCCAAGGUUGCCCCAAGAAGGGGCAGUCUCUCCAGAUUCUCCACCCGCAAGAAAUGUUGUACAAUUUGCUUAAUAGUGCGUGCGAGCACGAACGGCCAAGGCUGUGCGUGUCAGGAACGCUAUUACUUGUCGUAGGUGAUCUUGGCCUAGACUCUGAAGGCAUUUUGCGAGGAAGGAAAAGGAGCAUACCGUAGCACAUGCCAUGUGUGAGCAUGAUUACCGUCAUCCUAGGAAUUUGUAACUUGAUAGCAAC